GUUUGAACCAUUGAUCCCUAUCAUGUAACCGGUUAAGUUGUCUGCUAUUUGGGUUCUGACUUCGCGUUAGCUAUGUGGCCUCAUUUCUCCGCUGCCGCCUGGACAAAAUCCCUCAUUCAUGGCCCUCCACCAUCCGUUGAGGAAAAAGUGGAUAAUUCUGAUGGCUGGGGAGCCCUAGCUCGACAGUGGGCACAUCAGCGUAGUAGCCAAUUGCAGCCUCAUUACACUAACAACGUAGCUCUACCUCCUCCUCCUCCUCCUCCUCCACCUCCACCCCCACCACCCCCUCCUUCUCCGCCUCCGCCACCAAUUGCUUUUAUACCACCAACUCAAAUCCAGUCAAAUACAAGCAAUUUAGUUUCCAAUGCAUCCCAAGUUGACUCCAGCCACCUAUUAAUCCAAAACUCCCUAUUAUGUGCACAAGAGAACCCCCUUCCCUCACAAAGUAUGUGCUCAGUACCUGAAAAUGCUCCACAGAGUUCUUGGUCUUCAUUCGAAAAUUCCAGGGUCUCGCAAAAUUCGUGGUCUACAAAUAGCGGUCAAGCAUAUUCACAGAAUUUGUGUACGGCACCUGGAUAUCAUGGUCCUCCUCAAAGUGCUUGGCCAUCCUAUAAUAAUCAUGAGUGUUCCCAGAAUGCUUGGCCUUCACAAGCAAGUUUACAAAGCAAAUGGUUGGCACAUGAAAGUCACUCUUAUGGUAACCAAGUUCCACAGGGAUAUAGUAAUACCAUUUCCCUGCCAGGUCCUUCGUCUCAAUAUUAUGAGCAUAAUCAUCAAAUCAAUUAUCCUUCCAGUGAAAAUUCAAACAAUCCUGGUAUACAUUCUAAGUCUUAUGAGGAACAGUAUUACAGUGUGGGGAGUGGCCAUACGGGUCAAAACACACGCUAUCAAAAGAGAUGGACUCAAAAUGAUCAGGGUGAUUGCGAUUAUGGUUCUCACGCUUCAGAAGUUUAUGAUUAUAACCAUUCUUACUCUCUUGAAAGGUCAUUUAACUCGUCAGCUGUUAGACCGGCUAAUCCUUAUAACCAACCCUAUCCACGUUCUAACCAGAAUAAUCGUAACAUGUGGCCUAGAAAUCCCGAGUCUUUCCAACCCGUAGAAAGCUUUCCUCCACCUGAGCAAUUCAAUGAUAUGCACCUUCACCGUCCGAGUUAUCAAUAUCAAGAUGAACCUAAAUAUAUUCCUCUCAGUGAAGAUACAUCGGUGAAUGAAGGUAAUCAAUUCCGUGGAUGUCAUGAUCACGACUACCGCAUAACAAUACAGAGUCCUACAGUUCCGUCUGGUAGUAUGGAAGAAAAUUGGAAGGAUGUGGAUACUCGUCCCAUUCUGCCUAGCGACAGUGGUCACACAAGCCCGGGAAUAUUUCCAUCGGCUAUUGCAAAUAAAGCCUUGGCUGAUCCCAGACCGAUUUCGCUUAUCCCAACUCCCAUUGUUGAAUCUUCGUGUAAGCCCAGAGGUCGUAUCACACACCUGCCUGUUCCGGAACACCUAAUGACAGCUUUCGAGGAAGCUGCUGCAAGCACUGGAGUUUGGCCUCCAAAGAAUUUAGAACCAGAACAAACCGGAGGUGGUAAUACCAAACCUCGUGCUCUCCCCGCAUGGCUUCGUGAUGAAUUAGAGAAAUUGGAAAAGAAAAAAGCUAAAGAACUGGCCGCUGUAUCUGGAGCUACUGUUUUAGGGGCUGCUCCUGAUGCUAAAAGGGAUGAUGAAGGUGAUAUCGUUAUGGAGGAUGAAGCUAAAACUGAUGUCCAAACACUAAAAUCUCUAUUGAACAAUAAUGAGGAAUCAGAUAGUGAUGUCAAGGAACAGGGAAGUCCUUUUGAUGUCUCAAUUAAUCCUGUUGGUGACCUCCAAUCCCCGUUUUCAUCUCGAAGUCAACCUCCUGCGGAAUCAGAGGAAAUCUCAAACCCUGAAACUGCGGUAAAACAACUAACUACAGAUAAUUCUCAAAAUAUUUUACCCAACACUCCUGCAUCAUUAACGCCUACACAUCUGCUAUCCCUUCAAGAAUUUCAUGAGUUGUUCGCAUCACUAUCGGACGAAGAACAAAGGACUGAAACGGCUCGUUUUAUUACCCGGACGCUGACGGAGGCUCUACUGGCUGUUACAACUGAACUCAUUGACGCCAUAGUAGAAGAAGUAAUGACAGAAGCGGUUUCAGGAAAAUCGCAUGUCCUACCAUUAGAAGACUCUCCAUCUGUUGAAAUAAAAUCCCCAAUUCUAGGGUUAGUCUCUUAUAAUAGUGAAAGUGAGUCAGAAUCUGAGCAAAAUGUGCUGGAAAGUAAACUACCCACAAGUAAUAUAUCAGGUAUACUACCAGGUGAUGUUCCUGAUGAUGUAAAGCAUGAUUAUACAUCACAGAAUAGUCCUAGUAACGAAAGUAAGUUUAUAUAAAUAAUGAGGUAACUUUUUAUACUCGUCCGUGAAUCUUAGAAACCGUUGAUGAAAAUCGCUGGAUCAUGGGUGUUUCUGUAAAUUCUAUGCAGUCGAUCAUCUCUCCUACAUCUCCAACACUUAGUUGAUGGUGAUAUCCUUUUCUGUCGACCUUUAAUUCAUUUUGUCCUCACACAACAUGUUCGAUUGUGUAUGUAUUUCGCACUACUGUGUCCCAUUAUUUUGAUAAUGAAUGAAACCUUUGAAAACAUUGUAUCUUGUGGCAGCUUUAUUUAUAAGUAUACAUUUGUGAUUUUGAUGGAGUUUUGUUCUCUGAGCUGGAUGGUUUGAUCGUGGAGCUUUCAUCGUUCUUCUGAACGACAUCAUCAGCAAAAACUUCAGAUAGAAGUGAAGUGUUUGAAUCUCUCCAUACAUUUGUGAUCUUUGUUAUCUGCAAAAUCAUGGCUCUCAUACUUAUGCUUCAAAUUCAAGUGUUAAUCAGCUUUCGUGGAUCGUGGGUGCGAUAAAAUGAUUCCAAGUAGGCCUUUUUUUCUUCCUGGGAUUGUUUUGCGUAGUUCGACAUUAUAUCCAAUAGAAAUCUAAUAACAUAAUGUAGUGAUCAUCUAAGUCAAUCACUAUGAUCGUUGAGUAUAGAUUUUUGUGACUUAAUAAUGAUCGAUGAAUUCUUGGGGUAUUUGGAGUACUCUGUACAUUUCUAAUAGUUUCAUGUCUGCAAUUCGUGAUCCGCUGUACGGUUUGAUAUAACGUCUCAUCGACUUUAACAUCGUAACCGAUGCUUUAGUUUAUUUAUCUUUUCUUUCAAAAUGUCACUUUACACAGGCUUGUUAUGCUGUAGUGUUAUCGUGAAUUGAAUGGAUUCAGUUAUCUUAAAUUGUAAUACUUUGAUGUUAAUACUUAGUGCUAUCAAUGUGCCAAGCACUAAUUUAGGAACUUGUGAAAAAUAAUUGAACGCACGCUAUGUAGUGCCCAAGUAAAACACCUUUUACUUACCAAGACUAAUUAACUUAGUGUCAUCACAUAAAUUCGACAGUAACUAAGAUAAACAUCAGUUUGUCUGAGUGUGUAUGUUGUCUAGUGGUUGUUUCAAUGAAAUAUGCAUUUGGCGAGAACUUAUGACAUAUAAAGAUCCUAUCAAUAUAAUCGUAUGUUACAUGGUUUUUCCCUAUAUUAAUUUUGUAAUUAUGAGUUUGGAAUACAGCUAUAUGUCGUAUUCUUUUUAUUCUGUAUGACUUCUAGUAGAUAUUUGUAACCAACUUUCCUACAAAUUUCUAUUUCCCUUCACUGAAUUUAAUCAGUAGACUACGUUUUUUCCGUUCAUAUCAACUGAUGAAUUUAAAAAGCAGAAAAAUAGUGAAAAUUCAUGUUCGCAAUAGUUACAGUCUAUAAGUACUGGUUCUUCGUUUUUCGAAGUCCUUAUAAUUUGUUUUACCUUCCAGAUAAUAAAAUUGUCACUGGAAAUGGAAAAUUUCAAACUGUACAAGAAAAGUAUUAUGAAAAGCAAUCUUAUUCUUCCAGCAUUCAUCAGAAAUCUUUUAAACGCCAUAAAAAUGAAAAAGAAACGGAUACGGUCGUCACAAUUUCACGUUCGCAUUCCAAACAUUCACAUAAAAGGAAAACAAAUUCACGGCAUUCCCAUCGUAGUCGUAAGAGAGAUUUUCGUGAUUCGUCAACAGCUUCUUCAGAAUCUUCAAGUUCGAAUCAUGGGAACCAAAAAGUAGGACUCUCUCGAUUCAGUCGAUCCUCAGAAGAUCACAGUGAUAAUGUUCGGUCACCAAAACCUUAUUUUACGAAGUCCAGUCAUUCGAAACAUUCUCAUCAUAAAAGUCAUCAUUAGAUAUGUACACUUUGCUGUACUAAGUGUUGACCUGUCUUCGGUUUGCACUUAUAAUCCUUAGUUCACAAGUGAGAUUUCAGACAGGUAAUGUAAUCAUUUGGUAAGUGAAUUUUAUGACUUUCAAAUCAAACCUAUUUCUUCAUGAUUGACUUAACAAUAGUAAAAUGGUAUUUUAUUCAUCUUUUGUUUCGGCAGUACAAAGUUACUGCAUUAACUUUAAGAUACAGUGGAUCUGAAUUUAUAUAUUAGUCCACAGUACGCACUUUUGGAAAGCAACAUUAUACGCUUUAUUUUGAGUUGGCAUACAAUAUCUAUUCAUACUUAUGGUGUUUGUUGUUUGGUCUAAAAUAAAUGUUUAAGUUCUAGACGCAUCGUUUUUUUGCUACAGUCCUUACACUCGUUAUUGUUCUAUUUAAUCUUCGUCUUCUCAACUAUAUUUCCUUGACAAUUUUCUUCUCGACACUUCCUUGCAAAUGUUCUCAAUGUCCUCAAAUAAACUGGUGAUCUCAUACAGGUCUCCGUGUUCCAGUAUUGAAUAAUGCUACCAGUACAAUUAGACAGAGUAUUGUACAGUUACUCUUACGUUUAUCCGCCUUUUUUCUCAUCAUUAUUCUGUUCAACCUACUGACACAAUACUCCAAGUAAAUCUUAAAACAGAGUAGCUAUUUUUUGAAACUUACUGAUUUCAACCUUCUUUCAGUCAGUAAUUUGCUUUCCUGAUUUAUCGUCGAAUUUGUCUUUGCCUUUCAGGUAUGGAAAUAUUCGGUUUCCCAACAAUACAACUGUUAAUAUGAUCUUAAUUUCUUUUUCAUAUAAAUAUGUGUAUAAAGUACGAAUCAUUUGUCUACUUAAAAAUAAUCUACUGCCAGUC